GACUUUGCCCGCUUCAUGAUCAGUUUCAGGAAUCCCAAGUUGGAUCCAAGCCUCUUCGCCAAAGACCUACUUUUCGAUGGGGUUCCUGUCCGAGUUUACCAGCCAAAGGCACCCUUUGCUGGCCGGAGGAAAGGAAUGCUUCUCUUCCACGGGGGAGCUGGCAUGGCUGGAAGCAUUGAUUUCUAUCAAGAUGUUAGCAAUAAAAUUGCCAAGGAUGCUGACAUAGUGCUUGUAUCUGUUGGCUACGGCUUGGCUCCUGAGCACCCAUAUCCCAGUCAGUACAAGCAAUGCCUGACGGCUACUGUACACUUCCUGAAAAACGCAGAAGUCUACGGCGUGGAUCCUUCACAAGUCGUCAUCUGCGGGGACAGCGCAGGAGGCAAUUUCUGUACCGUCGUAGCCCAGAAACUGACAGAGCGACCGGACCUUCCCAAGCUGCGGGCUCAACUGCUGGUCUAUGCCGGUGUCCAAGCGAUGGACUUCAACUUGCCUUCCUAUGUGCAGAACACUGGUAUGCCAUUCUUGUCCCAGGAAAAUACGGUCAUCUUUGGUCUGUGGUUUUUUGGACAGGACCUGUCCCUGAAAGACGAUCUCUUGAAGGGCUCUCACGUGCCGGAUGAUUUCAGGAUGAAAUAUGGAAAGCUGGCGAGUGCCGAUAACAUUCCUGAGAAAUUUAAGGGCCAAGGUUACCGACCGGUGCCGCACGGUCCUUACAAGCCUGAAGUUUACAAACAACUCCCAGAGCUGCUGCAAGUCACUUUUUCUUCCCUUUUUGCUGAAGACCACGUCAUCGAGCAGCUCCCCGAAACUUUCAUCGUGAGUUGCGAGUACGACGUACUCCGAGACGACAGCCUGUUGUACAAGAAGCGGCUGGAGGACUGUGGGGUGAAAGUCAGCUGGUUCCAUUCUGAACAGGGGUUUCACGGGGUGAUUAACCUUUCUGACAUGGGCCUUUUCACCUUUCCAGCCGGGGUAGAAAUCCUGGACCGUAUUGUGGACUUUGUCAGAGGUUUAUGA